GUGGUAUGGUCAGACUCAAUCUGCUUUCGCAAGUUGUAGGGCGCAUUCAUCAUGGGUUCCAGAGAAUUGAGACCCUUAAGAUGGGCGCAGGAUGUUCAACAGUGGGAUUCGGGACAGAUGGAAGACAUGCCAGAGAGCGUACGACGCUUUUGGACUACAAGCUUCGACCAUUAUUAUCACUUCGACUAUGAGACUACACUCGAAGGCCACCUGUUGAAAGGUGUUGAGCCAUACCAAAUGACCCUCCUAACAUCUUCUGAGAUUGAUGGUCAAAAGUUGCCUUUCAAAGACGGUGACCUUGUCGGCUUUGUAGGAGCUUCUGAGGACGUGAAAUUUCCGGGAUCCAGUACGGCAGAAUCAUGGCCUUGUAUCUACUUUCCCCUCAAGAUGAACAAAGACCCCUUGGCAGCAAGCGACGCUCUCGGAGAUUUCAAGGUUUCUCUGGAAAGAGUCAACGUCAGAGCUUUUGUGGAAUCUGAUGAGUCAGCUCAAUAUAGUGGGACCUGCAACCAUCUAGGUCGGGGAGACGUCAUGUUAGGGGUCACAUUAACCAGGUACUUCGCCGCUGGCAAAUUGCCUUCUAACUCCAGAGUGCAAGUGCUCAUCAACGUGGUGCUGCAGCGAACGUACUCGAAAUGUGACAAAGUUCGUAUCAAAAUACAGCGAUCAGAAGGCUGGAAGUUGCUUAAUGAGGUUGACGAAUCUGGCGACGUCGAUCUCACUGGGCAGGAUGGAUCAACCCCGGCUCAUGCAUCAGUCCUGAAAAAGUCUGCUCCUUACUUCCAAGCACUGCUGAGCGAGCGAUGGUUCAGAGGCAUGUCCUCUGAGGAGAAACGGGAGCUUCCUCUGCCUGUCCCUGCCGAUGGAGAAACGGUCAAGUCCUUUUUGAAGUGCCUGUACGGAGUGCCGGUUGUCCUCCAGGUUCUUGAAUGGAGGGGCACGAGCAUGUUUGAGGACGUAUACCAGCUAGCGGACGCGUGCAGCGCGCGUCAAGUCUGCUUCCAGAUUGCGGAAUGUGUGCAGAUGACCGAGACGAACAUCCCUUGGUGGAUUGAGUGGCUGAAGGAAGAGCAUCCGCAAAACGAAUACAAGCCUAUAAAGCGCAGAGUCUGUGAAUUCAUGCAAAAACACUUCGCAGCGAGGUGGGACUGCUUUGAGCCGGACACACUUCGCGCGCUUUGGGGAAUGAAUCAAGGGGAUAGGGUCGCUCAAGAAAGGUUGAAGUGUGCCCUUAAGGAAAGAAAGUCAGCUAGUGACGGCUGAAGCAUGAUCGUGGAGUCGAUCAUGCGGCCGGAGGGCCGUUUAGAACCAAACCGCCUUUUGUUUGACAUCGAACAGUAGGAGGGGAAAAAACUCAUGGGUGACUUGUCGGCAAGAGUGAGCUUGUACUCACUCGCUGCAGGAUCUUUUACCACUUACAGAUUUGACGAUUUUGGAAUCGUCUUGUUCCAUUUGGCAAAAAGAAGACUGCCGGAAUACGGUCAGAGUCACACAAUACUCAUGGAGUACCCCAAGAGACAUUGAUUGAAGCGGAUGUAUUCCUCUUGACUACAACCGCAAGCAAUGGUCCUUUAUAGAGAAGAUGAACCCACCGUCCGAAAUCUUAUUGCUUGCGUGCAUUUGCGCGUGAAUUGGGACGCGGUGGAUUCAUUACAACCAUUUCAGAACGGUUUUGUGCCCCACCCCCAACCCUGUACAAUUCUGCUUGUCUAGAGUGUCAAUUAGUGGCAUAAUAUAUAUAUUAC